CUCCUUCACAUUAAGUAAAGCAUAAAAGAAAAGUGUCUGAAUAAAGCUGCUUGGCCAAGAGGUUAAGCACAACACAAAUUUAAAGACCAUAAGACAAUCAUCCUAUCAUCUCCAUACUUCAUCUUUACCCCUUUUUCUUCCACCGGAGAUAGCUCUCUCUGUAAUUCACAUGGCCGCCGGCCAUCUGAGGAAGCUGAUCGUCGAAGUCGUGGAUGCUCGCAGUCUCUUGCCCAAAGACAAACAUGGAACCUCGAGUCCUUAUGCGGCGGUCAGCUACUCUGGCCAGCGGAAGCGAACAGCGACCGCGGUCCGGGACUUGAACCCGACAUGGAAUGAGGUUCUUGAAUUCAAUGUCGGGCCGCCGUCGAGCGUGUUUGGGGAUGUUUUGGAGCUUGAUGUGAUCCAUGAUCGGAGCUACGGACCGACGCUUCGGAGCAACUUUAUGGGGCGGAUUAGGCUGAGUUCCAUGCAAUUUGUGAAGAAAGGGGAGGAAGCUUUGAUUUAUUUUCAUUUGGAGAAAAAAAGCCUCUUUAGUUGGGUUCAAGGAGAGAUUGGUUUGAGAAUUUAUUACUCAGAUGGGAUUGCGCCGCCGCCUUCUACUCCGCUGCCGCCGGUUGAGGAAGGCGGCGCUGUUAAUUCUGUCGAGGACUCACUACCGGCAAUAAGAUCAGAGGCAGAGCAAAACCAAUCCCCUGCUUUGAAACAUCAAGACGGCGGCGAACCCAUCGGCAAAAGUCCGACCAGUAAUGGCAGAGAAGCUUCGGCAGCAGAAAUUCCGGCCAGUGAUGCCACUGCAGCUUCGGUAGCUGAAACUCCGGCCGUUGAUGAGACUGCAGCAGCAGAAAUUCCGGCCAGUAAUGGCAGAGAAGCUUCCGCAGCAGAAACUCCGGCCGGUGAUGGCAUUGCAGCUUCGGUAGCUGAAACUCCGGCCGGUGAUGGUAAUGCAGCUUCGGUAGCUGAAACUCCGGCCGGUGAUGGUACUGCAGCUUCGGUAGCUGAAACUCCGGCCGGUGAUGGUACUGCAGCUUUGGCAGCUGAAACCCCGGCCGGUGAUGGUACUGCAGCUUCGGUAUCUGAAACUCCGGUCGGUGAUGGUGCUGCAGCUUUGGCAGCUGAAUCUCCGGCCGUUGAGAGUACUACUCCGGUAGAAGCUGCAGCUUCUGCUGCUGAAACGCCGCCGUUUGAAUCCCACCCACCACCGCCGGUAAAGUCACCGGGAGUCGAUCAAAUUCAAACGAUACCACCGGCGUAUGCGCCAAAGCCAAUCAAAAGACCGGCGGCAGUAUCAAGUUACACACUGGAGUCAGAAGAAAGUCAAACAAUCGAACGGUCCACAUUCGAUCUCGUUGAGAAGAUGUACUACCUCUUUGUGCGAGUAGUAAAAGCACGCGCACUUGCCACUAGCAACCGUCCGAUCGUUAAAAUCGAAGCAUUCGGUGAACGCAUCACAUCAGAGCCAGCCAAAAAGAGCCACGUGUUCGAGUGGGAUCAGACUUUUGCAUUUAGCCGCAAAGCAGCAGAUUCCGCCUCCAUCAUGGAAGUUUCUGUCUGGGACACAAAAAACGGUGUCGUAUCAUCAGCAUCCGACGUGGACAAAGGCAAUUUCUUAGGUGCCUUGUGUUUCGAGGUGUCAGAUAUUCUCCUGCGGGAUCAACCCGACAUUCCCCUGGCCCCACAAUGGUACAGAUUAGAAACAGAAAGAAACGACGUCGCUUUUGGCGGGUAUUUAAUGUUGGCCACGUGGAUUGGUACGCAAGCGGAUGACGCGUUUAACGAGGCGGUGAAGACAGACGCCGCUGGGAAGUUCAACUCUAGAGCAAAAAUUUACCAAUCGCCGAAGCUUUGGUAUCUACGCGCCACCGUCAUCGAAGCCCAAGACGUCGUUCCGAUCACCGCCGUGAAAGAAGCUUCGUUUCAAGUCAGAGCCCAACUGGGUUUCCAAGUUUCGGUAACCAGACCCGCCGUGACUCAAAACGGUGCUCCGUCGUGGAACGAGGAUUUACUCUUUGUCGCCGCCGAGCCGAUGACCGACCACUUGGUCUUCACCCUCGAGAGUCGCCGUAGCUCGAAAUAUCCGGCUGCCGUGGGGGUCGUUAGAAUCCCACUCACCGAAAUCGAGCGGCGCGUGGAUGAUCGGAUAGUGACGGCGCGGUGGUGCACGCUUGCUGGUCUGGUGGAAGAGAAGGAAUCGCCGUACAAGGGAAGGAUUCAUGUGAGGUUAUGUUUUGACGGUGGGUAUCACGUGAUGGAUGAGGCGGCGCACGUGAGCAGUGACUACCGCCCGACAGCAAGGCAGCUGUGGAAGCCGUCGGUGGGUUUGAUCGAGAUCGGUGUGAUUGGGUGUAAGAAUUUGGUCCCGAUGAAGUCGACGGCGGCUGGAAAAGGCUCCACCGACGCGUACUGUGUAGCCAAGUACGGAUCGAAGUGGGUCCGAACCCGGACGGUUUGCAACAGUUUUGACCCGAAAUGGAACGAGCAGUACACGUGGCAGGUUUACGACCCAUGUACGGUUUUGACCAUCGGAGUUUUCGACAGCACAGAAGAACCCAAAACCGACGGUUCAACCGAACCGGCGGGGCCCGAUUCACUAGUCGGCAAAGUCCGAAUCCGAAUCUCUACAUUGAAAACCGGAAAGGUGUACAGAAAUCUCUACCCUCUCUUACUUCUCUCCGCGGCCGGCUCCAAGAAAAUGGGCGAACUGGAAAUCGCCGUCAGAUUUGUCCGAACGGCGCCGCCGUUCGAUUUCAUCCACGUGUAUUCGCAGCCACUGCUGCCGUUGAUGCACCACGUGAAGCCCCUCGGAAUCCGGCAACAGGAACAGCUCCGGAUCGCGGCGGUGGAGACGGUUGUUGGCAAUCUCUCGAGAUCGGAGCCGCCACUCCGGCGAGAGAUCAUACUAUUCAUGCUCGACGCCGAAUCGCACGGCUUCAGCAUGCGGAAAGUCCGAGCAAAUUGGUACAGAAUCAUCAACGUAGCCACCACGGUGAUCGCCGCCGUGAAAUGGGUCGACGACACUCGAUCGUGGCGGAAUCCGACUUCUACGAUUCUCGUCCACGCACUUCUGGUGAUUCUAAUCUGGUUUCCUGAUCUCAUCAUUCCGACAGUUUCAUUCUACGCGUUCGUCACCAGCGCGUGGAACUACAAAUUCCGGUCACAGGGGCUUCUCCCGCAUUUUGAUUCGAAGCUAUCGAUGGUUGACACCGUCGAAAUGGACGAACUGGAUGAGGAGUUCGACGGCAUGCCGAGCACGAGAUCGCCGGAAGUUGUACGGAUGAGGUAUGAUAAAUUGAGAGCAAUUGGGGCGCGUGUGCAGCACUUAUUGGGGGAUUUAGCGACUCAAGUUGAGCGCAUGCAGGCAUUGGUGACAUGGCAAGAUCCACGCGCCACCGGGAUAUUCACAGCAAUAUGCUUUGCAGUGGCGGUGGUCCUAUAUGUGGUGCCGUUGAGGAUGGUUGCGGUGGCGUGCGGGUUUUAUUACCUCCGGCACCCAGUUUUUCGAGUCCGGUUGCCGUCUUCGACUGUCAACUUCUUUAAAAGACUUCCGUGUUUAUCAGAUCGAUUAAUGUAGGCUAUGGACGAAAGAGGAUAUUUUGGUAAUUUUUUUUUUCUUUU